AUGUAUUACAAUAAGAAAUAUCGUGAUCAUUUCUGUCGUGGGAGUGGUACGAUAUCAGUAGAGCUCCGAAAGUUUGAUAACAAUGACAAAUGGUGUGAUUGGACAAGUGAUUGUGAUUUGAACAUGUACUUCUGUAUGGACACUCCUAAUGGGGACAAUAAUAUAAAUACGUGCCCUUAUGGGAAGAUUGUGAUUUCGAUGCCGGAUGAGCAGAGUGACAUAACAUUCGGGACCACUUUGGGUGGAUCGCAAGCCAAUCCUAUGCUAUUUUCCUUCCAGAAAUGGCCGGGUGGAUUCAAGUUCAAGGUGGACAUCUAUGAUCGUGAUAGUUCUAUAGAGUUCAUGGACUACCUCUCUCAGCAGCUGUCGGGUCAACCCAGUCCUAACCUUGCCUCGGCUAGCGGGACGCUGGUGGAGCCAUCAGGGACCUACGAAGGAAUGGCGUUGAAAUUCCAGUACAAGAUUUAUUGCGAUGCUGAUUACUACGGUACGGACUGCGGUACCUACUGUCAGGCGCGAGAUGAUGCUACCAAUGGUCAUUAUAGCUGUAAGGCUGACGGAAGUAAACAGUGUAUUGUAGGUUGGACUGGCACGGACUGCAAGGCGAGUACGGAUGAAUGCGGCUUCUUUAAUCCUUGCCAGAGCGGGGCAACCUGCGUCGACGGACACCUCAGCUUUACGUGCCAGUGUCCUGCUGGAUUCACGGGUGUCACAUGCUCUUCUAACAUCGAUGACUGUGCGUCAACGCCCUGUCAGAAUGCAGCAACGUGUACGGACCUUGUGAACAGCUAUAGUUGUAGCUGUGCAUCUGGAUUCACAGGAUUACAUUGCGAGACCGACAUUGACGAAUGUCAGUCGGGACCAUGUAAGAAUGGAGGGAAUUGCACAGACAUGGUCAGCAGCUAUAGUUGUGAUUGUGCCCCUGGAUUUACUGGAGUUCACUGUGAUACUGAGAUUGAUAAGUGCCAGUCUGGACCAUGUCAAAAUGGAGGGAAUUGUACGGAUUUGUUUGGCAGUUACAGUUGUGUUUGUGAGCCUGGGUAUUCUGGUGUGAGCUGUGAAUUUGACAUCAACGACUGUCAGUGUGCACCAUGUCUAAAUGGUGCUAACUGUACUGAUCUACCCAAUGGCUUUACAUGUGUCUGUCCACCAGGAUUCGAUGGCACAACGUGUGAGAGGAGCUUAACCACUUUAUCAAUGUCAUCGAAAGUGUCCUAUCCAUCUAAUCACCAAAACUCAACUACCUCCGUGCCUGCUCAGUCCGAGACCACAACACUGAUGAGCAACAUGACAUACACUACUACUCCAUAUCCGAACUUGAACACAACAGCAAUUGGAAAUACCACCGUCAUGUUUAACAUGACAUAUUCUACCAGCCUUCCUUUUAUGAAUUCUACUGGAUCUGAAAACACGAGGUCCAAUGAUGAUAUGACGCAGUCAACCACUUCGUAUUCAAGUGUACCCACUUCAGAGGUUCCUAUGACAACCUUUGCUUCGACAAGCCCAACUUCAAUGAACCUCACUGACUCAACAGUUGUUCAAAUGACUUCUGCUAGCUUUGGCCCAAUGAACUCAACUAGCUCGACCGUGGCUCCAUUGACUUCAACUGGACCUGGUCAAAUGAACUCAACUAGCUCUGGUUCAAUGAACUCAACUAGCUCGACCGUGGCUUCAAUGACUUCCACUGGCCCUGGUCCAAUAAACUCAACUAGCUCGACCAUGGCUCCAAUGACUUCAACUAGCUCUGGUUCAAUGAACUCAACUAGCUCGACCAUGGCUCCGAUGACUUCAACUAGCUCUGGUUCAAUGAACUCAACUAGAUCGACCAUGGCUUCAAUGACAUCAACUGGCCCUGGUCAAAUGAACUCAACUAGCUCGACCAUGGCUCCAAUGACUUCAACAAGCUCUGGCCCAAUGAACUCAACGAGCUCGACCAUGGUUUCAAUGACUUCAACUAGCUCUGGUUCAAUGAACUCAACUAGCUCGACCAUCGCUCCAAUGACUUCAACUAGCUCUGGUUCAAUGAACUCAACUAGCUCCACCAUGGCUCCAACAAAUUCAACUAGCUCUGGUCCAAUGAACUCAACUAGCUCGACCAUGGCUCCAAUCACUUCAACUGGCCCUGGUCAAAUGAACUCAACUAGCUCAACCAUGGCUCCAAUGACUUCAACAAGCUCUGGUCAAAUGAACUCAACCAGCUUGACCAUGGCUCCAACAAAUUCAACUAGCUCUGGUUCAAUGAACUCAACUAGCUCGACCAUGGCUCCAAUGACUUCAACUAGCUCUGGUCAAAUGAACUCAACUAGCUCGACCAUGGCUCCAAUGACUUCAACAAGCUCUGGUCAAAUGAACUCAACUAGCUCGACCAUGGCUCCAAUGACUUCAACUGGCUCUGGUCCAAUGAACUCAACUAGCUCGACCAUGGCUCCAAUGACUUCAACUAGCUCUGGUCCAAUGAACUCAACUAGCUCGACCAUGGCUCCGAUGACUUCAACUAGCUCGAACAUGGCUCCAAUGACUUCAACAAGCUCUGGUCAAAUGAACUCAACUAGCUCGACCAUGGCUCCAAUGACUUCAACUAGCUCUGGUCAAAUGAACUCAACUAGCUCGACCAUGGCUCCAAUGACUUCAACAAGCUCUGGUCAAAUGAACUCAACUAGCUCGACCAUGGCUCCAAUGACUUCAACUGGCUCUGGUCCAAUGAACUCAACUAGCUCGACCAUGGCUCCAAUGACUUCAACUAGCUCUGGUCCAAUGAACUCAACUAGCUCGACCAUGGCUCCGAUGACUUCAACUAGCUCGAACAUGGCUCCAAUGACUUCAACAAGCUCUGGUCAAAUGAACUCAACCAGCUUGACCAUGGCUCCAACAAAUUCAACUAGCUCUGGUUCAAUGAACUCAACUAGCUCGACCAUGGCUCCAAUGACUUCAACUAGCUCUGGUCAAAUGAACUCAACUAGCUCGACCAUGGCUCCAAUGACUUCAACAAGCUCUGGUCAAAUGAACUCAACUAGCUCGACCAUGGCUCCAAUGACUUCAACUGGCUCUGGUCCAAUGAACUCAACUAGCUCGACCAUGGCUCCAAUGACUUCAACUGGCUCUGGUCCAAUGAACUCAACUAGCUCGACCAUGGCUCCAAUGACUUCAACAAGCUCUGGUUCAAUGAACUCAACUCGCUCGACCAUGGCUUCAAUGACUUCAACAAGCUCUGGUCAAAUGAACUCAACUAGCUCGACCAUGGCUCCAAUGAACUCAACUAGCUCGACCAUGGCUCCAAUGACUUCAACUGGCUCUGGUCCAAUGAACUCAAUUAGCUCGACCAUGGCUCCAAUGACUUCAACUAGCUCUGGUCCAAUUAAUUCAACUAGCUCGACCAUGGCUCCAAUGACUUCAACUAGCUCGAACAUGGCUCCAAUUACUUCAACUAGCUCUGGUCCAAUGAACUCAACUAGCUCGACCUUGGCUCCAAUGGCUUCAACUAGCUCUGGUCCAAUGAACUCAACUGGCUCGACCAUGGCUCCAAUGACUUCAACAAGCUCUGGUCAAAUGAACUCAACUAGCUCGACCAUGCUCGACCAUGGCUCCAAUGACUUCAACAGGCUCUGGUCCAAUGAACUCAACUGGCUCGACCAUGGCUCCAAUGACUUCAACAAGCUCUGGUCAAAUGAACUCAACUAG